GCCUGUUUCCGGUAGUGUCAGUGGUCUCAGCGGCUGAGGCAGUGCGGAGCCAUCCUUGUCUUUUAAGUUUUUCCAGGCGUGAGCAGAUAUGGCGGCGGCUUUUCGGAAGGCGGCUAAGUCCCGGCAGCGGGAACACCGGGAGCGAAGUCAGCCUGGCUUUCGAAAACAUCUGGGCCUGCUAGAGAAAAAGAAAGAUUACAAACUUCGUGCAGAUGACUACCGAAAAAAGCAAGAAUACCUCAAAGCUCUCCGGAAGAAGGCCCUUGAAAAAAAUCCAGAUGAAUUCUACUAUAAAAUGACUCGGGUUCAGCUCCAGGAUGGAGUUCAUGUUAUUAAGGAGACUAAGGAAGAAGUAACUCCAGAACAGCUGAAAUUGAUGAAAACUCAGGAUAUCAAAUAUAUAGAAAUGAAAAGGGUUGCAGAAGCUAAGAAAAUUGAAAGACUAAAAUCAGAGCUCCAUCUGCUGGAUUUCCAGGGGAAACAACAGAACAAGCACGUGUUCUUUUUUGAUACCAAAAAAGAAGUUGAACAGUUUGAUAUUGCAACUCACCUGCGAACAGCCCCGGAACUAGUCGACAGAGUCUUUAAUAGACCCAGAAUAGAGACCUUGCGGAAGGAAAAAGUGAAAGGAGUUACCCAUCAGAGUAAAUUGAAGCGGAUAGCUAAAGAAAGGCAAAAGCAGUAUAACUGCCUGACACAGCGGAUUGAACGAGAGAAGGAAUUGUUUGUUAUUGCACAGAAAAUUCAAACACGCAAAGAUCUUCUGGAUAAAACUCGGAAGGUGAAGGUGAAGAAAGAAACAGUGAACUCCCCAGCUAUUUACAAAUUUCAGAGUCGUCGAAAACGUUGAAUUAUUAUAGAUGAGCCUUUUCAUUCCACAUGGACAGAAUUCUAUUUUUUUUUCUUAGUCACUUCGAAUUCUUUGUCCAGAUGGCUUAGCUUUUCUGUUUGUAACCAUAAGUUGUUGUAGAGUUGACUUUUGAUGUCUUUCUAUAAAUUACAUUAAAGCCCCUUCCCUGUGUUAUUGUU